UUGCCGCAGAUCGGUAUUCUCGAACGCAUCGCGGAACUGGAACGCGCCUUCAACGCCCGACUCGCUCUCUUCGAUAAUUUCGAUCACGGUGCCAAUCACAGAGUUGCCGGCCACGGCGAUUCCACGGAGUCCCGCCUUUCGGUUAUUCUCAGGUCCAUGGGCGUCUCAGACUUCACCUUCAGGACUGUUCCCUUAGAUUACUAUGAUAAAACCCUAGAGGAGAGGAAGGAGAUUCUCGGCGCUUUCUCCGUUAAUCACCUGUGCAAAAGCAUCGUUUUGGUUAAUACUCAAGCUCCAGCUAAUGUCAUUGACUGCAGUGAUCACAACAAUUCCAAGUAUUACAUUGUUGUAAUACAGUAUGUUGCUCGGUUAAAUGCUGAAAACAUCAAAAAUUUUCUUUAUGCACUUAACAACCAGCGGAUACCAAAGAAGAGAUUCAACUUGAGACUUGCACCUGAAGAGGAGUCGCUAAAGCUUACUGGGUUUGUGCAUAAUGCAGUAACAUGUGUCGGCAUGAAAACAGAAAUUCCGGUUAUAUUGGAUGAAGCAAUUGCUAAGUUGCAGCCUGAUUUCUUCUGGUUAGGUGGAGGUGAAGUGGAUCUGAAGCUUGGGAUUAAUACUUCUGAAUUCAUAAGUGCCAUCAAACCAUUUUUGGUGAGCUGUAGCUCGUGAUGCUUAUUUAACCUUCCCAAAAAAAAAUGGAAUUAAACAGGAGAAACAGUUGACCACUUGAUUUAUACAAUCUCAACAAUAUGAUUACACCUAUAAUCACCCUCGUCAAUGUGCAUUUAAGAGUUUAGGAUGGGUAUGUUUGUCUUUAUUGGAGCAACCUGUCCUUUAUCACUAUUUCUAACCUUAUUGUAUUCUUGUGGGCUCCAAUUUGCUUAAGUUUUUAUAGUUAUAAUGAGAUUACAGGGGGACAAUCUUGAAAUAGUCGCUGCUAUGCCUCCUUGAUAAACUUCGAAUAUGUAAGUCCAUCAUGACAAUGUUAUUGUUAAAUGUGCCCUGGUCACUUUUUAAAGCUUCAAUAGAAAUAUUGUAUAAUAAAUAUUUGUGGCACAUGAAUCCAUAUGUUAACUUCCACAACCAA